UUUUGGCCGGCGAGCAAAAAACACCCGGAGGAAGGACUACACGUCCCAGCAGCCAGAUGACUCCUUGAACGCUCUUCUCGGGAGCCAGCGAUCUGGCGGCGGAGAUUGCGCGAUCGGGUAUGGAGGAGGCGUGGAUCUCCGCGGCGGUGGAGACGGAGAAAUCGCCCUGAAGGGUCGGAGCGGCGGGAAAACCCACCCGGGGGUGGGAGAGCCCCCGUCGUACCGUCGGCCCAUGCGGAGGCUGGUGUCGUUUAAAGAUGUGGCCGUGUAUUUCACUGCAGGUCAGGGGGCUCUCCUGGAUCCCGCCCAGAGAGCUUUAUACAAAGAAGUCAUGGUGGAGAAUUAUGAAAACGUGGCCUCCUUAGGGUUUCCUGUUCCGAAGCCAAAUCUCAUCGCUCGUAUAGAACGAGGAGAAGAACCUUGGCUGUUAGAUUCUCAAGGGGUGGAUGCCAACAGCUCAGAGACACUGAGGAAAAGGAAUUCCUGUCGUAAAUGUGGAAAAUGCUUCGUUCAGAAAUCGGAUCUUGCUAUACAUCGACUAGUUCACAAGGGAGAGAAACCUUUUAAAUGCCUGGAAUGUUCAAAAUAUUUUGUUCAUCGCUCAGAGCUCGCGAAACACCAGCGCGUCCAUACAGGAGAGAGGCCCUUUAAAUGCUUCGAGUGUGGAAAGUGUUUUUCACGGCAGUCCGUGCUUGCCAACCACCACCGAAUCCACACAGGAGAAAAGCCUUAUGAGUGCCUGGAGUGUGUGAAACGUUUUACUCAGAGGUCACAACUCAUCCGACACCGAAGGGUCCACACGGGGGAGAAACCUUAUAAAUGUCUGGAGUGUGGGAAGUGCUUUGCCCGUCACUCGGUUCUCAUCAAUCACCAGAGAGUUCACACUGGAGAAAAACCGUACAAAUGCUUACAUUGUACCAAAUGUUUUGCCCGUCAGUCUGUCCUAGUGAGCCAUCAAAGAGUCCACACCGGAGAGAAACCCUACAAGUGUCAGGAGUGUGGCAAACGCUUCGCUCACCAGUCGAACCUUGUCAACCACCAGAGAAUUCACACGGGGGAGAAACCCUACAAAUGCUUGAACUGCGGAAAAAGUUUUGCCCAACAAUCUGAUCUGGUGAAACACAGGAGGAUCCACACAGGGGAGAGACCUUACAAAUGCCCACAGUGUGGGAAAUCUUUUAUGAUCCAUUCAGAUGUUGUGAAUCACCAGAGGGUCCACACGGGGGAGAAGCCCCACAAAUGCCCCACGUGUGGGAAGUGUUUCGCUCAACGCUCGGCUCUUGUGAGUCACCAACGCAUCCACACGGGAGAAAAACCGUACAACUGCCUGGCGUGUAAGAAGUGUUUCGCUCAGCUGUCCAAUCUUGUGAAACACCAGCGAAUUCACACAGGAGAGAAACCCUACAAAUGCUUAGAGUGUGGGAAAUGUUUUAGGCGGCGUUACCAUCUCAAGGUCCACCAUCAAGUUCAUUUGAGGAUAGUAAACCUGGCUGGGAUAAUGGAAUAUGACUUCAGUCCACUGAUCACAAUUCCUGAGAGUCACAUUAAGGUGACCAAGUUGGCUUCCUUUUCACAAAAUGGACAAAAAUGCUGUUCAAAUUCAGUGACAUUUGAAGAUGUGGCUGUGUAUUUCACAGAGGACCAGGGGGCUCUGCUGGAUCAAAAACAGAGAACUUUGUAUGAAGAUGUCAUGGUGGAAAAUUAUGGGAUUGUGGCAUCACUGGGUUUUCUUGCCCUCAAGCCUGCCCUUAUCUCUCAGAUAGAACAUGGGGAAGAACCGUGGCUGCCAGAAACCUCCAAAUUGGCUGAUACAGAGAUAUCUAACACCAAUGCAGAUGAUUCUGUGGAAAACAGCUUGUGUCCUCCGCCGCACGACAAAUACUAUAAUGAGGCACACCAGAAACACCUUGUGGGAAAGGAAUCCUACCUGUGUGAGACCUGUGGGAACUCUUUUACCUGCUGGUCGGAUCCUGCAACACCAUCGGGAAAGCACACUGCAGAGAGACCUUAUGAAUGCAUGGAGUGUGAGGAACAGGCUCAGCGAUCUUCUACCUUCAUGGACCACUGGAGGAUGAACCCAGAAGAAGAGGCCUAUGAGUGCCUGGACUGCAGGGGGAGUUUCCCAUGGUCCUCUGCUCUUGUCACGCACUGUCAGGGCAGGGUCGCCGAUGGGCACCACCACGUGUGUCUGGAAUGCGGGAAGUGUUUUGCUCACCCGUUGGGCCUUUUGAGCCACCAGAAGGCUCACCUCCAAGAGAAACAACACAAAUGUUUGCAGUGCGGGGAACAUUUUGCCGACCACCCGGCCUUCGUGAGGCACCAGAGAGCCCACACGGGCAAGAAACCCUACAAGUGCCUCCAGUGUGGGAAGUGUUUCGCGGACAGGUCCCAUGUCGUGGCUCACCAGAGGAUUCACAGAGGGAUGAAUCCGUUCAAAUGCUCCGAGUGCGGGGAGUGUUUCGACCAGCAUUCGACCCUCGUGAGUCACUGGAUGGUCCACACGGGAGAACAACCCUACGAGUGCUUGGAGUGUGGCAAAUGUUUUCCUCGGCCCUCGUCGCUCGUGAAGCACUGCCGCAUCCACACAGCCGAGAAACCCUACACCUGCUUGGAGUGUGGGAAAUUCUUUGCCCAGAGGUCAGGCCUGGUCAAACAUCAGCGCAUCCACACGGGGGAGAAGCCAUACGUGUGCUCGGAGUGUGGGAAAUGCUUUGCGGACAGCUCCUCCCUCGCCAGGCACAAAAGAGUUCACACGGGGGAGAAACCCUACAAGUGUUCCGAGUGUGGGAAACGUUUUUCAGACCGAUCCAACGUCUUAGCUCACAAGAGAGUCCACACGGGAGAGAAACCUUACAAAUGCCUGGAGUGCGGGAAGUGCUUCACUCACCGGUCGCAUAUCGUGAAACACCAGAAAUUUCACAUGAAGGAGAAAGCCUCAAAGUACCAGCCGCCCCUGGAAAAAACCACACAAACAUCACUGCGUCCUAAAACGGUCAAACAUGAACUGCUCUAAGCCUUCUGAAGGAGGGGUCUCCAACCUUGGCAACUUUAAGCCUGGAGGACUUCAACUCCCAAAAUGCUUUCUGGGAGUUGAAGUCCGCCAGGCUUAAAGGUGUCAAGGUUAGAGACCCCUGUUCUGAAGGACAUUUAUGUUUCCUGAACAGGGGUUUGGUAUCGAUUACUCAUAACCAGGGAUACAAAACUGUAGUUCUGUACUGGUGUUUUAAACAUGUAUGACCCACCCAUUAUUCUGUGUUUUGGGGGAUUUGGGGAUAGUUUUUAAUGGACAAAAUAGAUGCCUUAAUCUUUGCAGAGGCUGCAGGCUCUUGACUAAGACCUUUGCUAUAAUGCCAGGCAUGGAAAUAAAACCACAUAGAGCUUU